AUGGAGUUGGGGGAUUAUGAACAGCCUGUUGUUAUGAGAGAGGAAAACAAACGAAGGAGAAGAAGAAUGAAACCUCAUUGUACAUCGAGUAAUUUGUCAUCAAUGGAACUGAUAUCCAUUGAGUUCAUUUUACCUACAAGCAAUAAACAUACUAAAGUACCAGAAAUUAUAUUACUUGAAAUAGCUGGCAACUGUACAGUUGAACAAAUGAAAGCACAGAUUUGGAUGCGUGCAAUAGAGAUGAGCCAAACCACAGAUUUCUACCAUGCGUUCACCCCGGAUCAGUUUAUUCUGCAGUAUCAGAAGAAAGGGCAAUGGUAUGAAAUUUAUGAUAAACAUCAAGUAUUACAGACAUUGGACUGCAUACUGUACUGGAAAGUGUUACAGAAAAAGAUAGGCAAGAUCUAUGUUGUCCAGAAACAAAAACCAUCAGAAGAAGUUCAGGAAUUUCAGCGGCAGCUUAACGAUUUAAUUGGUUAUGAUGUCACUGAUGUAAGCAAUGUGCAUGAUGAUGAGCUAGAAUUUACCCGUCGCAGAUUAGUCACUCCACGAAUGAUAGAGGUAGCCUGUAGAGAUCCUAAAUUGUAUGCAAUGCACCCAUGGACUACUUCUAAGCCACUCCCAGAAUAUUUAUUUAAAAAGAUCACUAAUAAUAACAUUUUCAUAAUCAUACAUAGAGGAACAACUAGCCAAAAAAUUAAAGUGUCAAUAGAUGACACUCCAGAUAUGAUUCUUCACAGCUUUUUCACAAAAAUGGCAAAGAAAAAGUCUCUGAUGGACAUUCCUGAAGAUCAUAGUGAACUGGAUUUUGUUCUCAGGAUUUGUGGCAGAGAUGAGUACAUUACUGGAGAGACACCAAUCAAAGAUUUUCAUUGGAUAAGACAAUGCCUUAAGAAUGGGGAAGAAAUCCACCUUGUCUUAGAUAAUCCCCCUGACCCAAAUGAGGAUGAGGUUCAGAAGGAAGAGUGGCCCUUGGUGGAUGAUUGUACAGGAGUUACAGGGUAUCAUGAACAAUUGACAAUAGAUGGAAAAGAUCAUGAGAGAGUCUUCACUAUCUCUUUGUGGGAUUGUAAUAGGAAAUUUAGGGUGAAAAUAAUUGGCAUUGAUAUCCCAAUUUUACCAAGAAAUACUGAUCUUACCGUGUUUGUGGAGGCUAACAUUCAACAUGGGCAACAGCUCCUGUCACAGAGGAGGACUUCGUCGAAGCCUUUCACUGAGGAGGUUCUGUGGAAUAUUUGGUUGGAGUUUGAUAUCAAAAUCAAGGAUUUGCCUAAAGGAGCACUCCUGAAUCUUCAGAUAUACUGCGGCAAAGCACAGGGGCUGUCCACAAAGACGAACCUUCAGUCGCAUGAAUCCCCCAACUCUGAUUCAAAAUGCAAAACUCAGCUUCUCUAUUAUGUAAAUCUUUUGUUGAUAGAUCACCGUUUCCUGCUACGAAGUGGGGAAUACGUGCUCCACAUGUGGAAGAUUCCAGGCAAGGGGGAAGAACAAGGAAGUAUCAAUGCAGACAAACUCACGUCAGCAACUAACCCAGAUAAAGAAAACUCAAUGGCUAUUUCUAUUGUGCUGGACAAAUAUUGUCACCCAAUUGCCUUGCCCAAGCACAGGAUAACAUCAGACCCCCAAGGGGAUAGGACACGAGCUGAAAUGCCCAACCAGCUUCGCAAGCAACUUGAAGAGAUCAUAGCAACUGACCCACUUAAUCCGCUUUCUCCUGAAGACAAAGAACUGUUGUGGCACUUUAGGUAUGAAAGCAUAAAGCACCCCAAGGCGUAUCCUAAGCUGCUUAGCUCUGUGAAAUGGGGUCAACAAGAAAUAGUGGCCAAAACAUACCAGUUGCUAGCUAAAAAGGAGGUUUGGGAUCAAAGCACUUUAGAUGUUGGACUCACAAUGCAACUUCUGGACUGUAACUUUUCAGAUGAAAAUGUCCGAGCAAUGGCAGUUCAAAAACUGGAAAGUUUAGAAGAUGAUGAUGUUCUUCAUUAUCUUUUACAGCUUGUGCAGGCUGUGAAAUUUGAGCCGUAUCAUGACAGCGCAUUAGCCAGAUUUCUGCUAAAACGUGGUUUGAGAAACAAAAGAAUUGGUCACUUCUUGUUUUGGUUCUUAAGAAGCGAGAUUGCCCAGUCUAUGCAUUACCAGCAGAGGUUUGCGGUCAUCCUAGAAGCCUAUCUUAGGGGCUGUGGAAAGGCAAUGCUACACGAUUUCAUGAAGCAGGUUCAAGUAAUUGAAUUGCUGCAUAAAGUCACAAUGGAGAUAAAAUCAGUUUCUGCAGAAAAGUAUGAUGUCACUUCUCAAGUUAUUGCACAGCUGAGACAAAAGCUUGAAAAACUACAGAGCAGCAAACUUCCAGAAAGUUUUAGAGUUCCCUACGAUCCUGGGCUAAGAGCAGGAGCCCUAGUGAUAGAAAAAUGUAAAGUAAUGGCAUCUAAGAAGAAGCCCCUCUGGCUUGAGUUUAAAUGUGCAGAUCCAACAGCUCUAUCAAAUGAAACCAUAGGCAUAAUCUUCAAACAUGGAGAUGACCUCCGUCAGGACAUGCUUAUUUUACAGAUUCUUCGAAUUAUGGAAUCCAUUUGGGAAGCAGAAUCCUUGGACCUCUGUUUGUUACCGUAUGGUUGUAUUUCUACAGGGAACAAAAUUGGAAUGAUCGAAAUUGUGAAAGAUGCUACAACAAUUGCCAAAAUUCAGCAGAGUACAGUUGGCAACACUGGUGCAUUUAAGGAUGAAAUACUAAACCAGUGGCUCAAGGAAAGAUGCAUGAUUGAAGAGAAGUUUCAGGCAGCUGUGGAAAGAUUUGUUUAUUCUUGUGCUGGAUACUGUGUGGCAACUUUUGUACUUGGAAUAGGAGACAGGCACAAUGACAACAUUAUGAUUACAGAAUCAGGUAACCUUUUCCAUAUUGAUUUUGGCCAUAUUCUUGGGAAUUAUAAAAGCUUCCUUGGAAUUAAUAAGGAAAGAGUUCCUUUUGUGCUGACUCCAGAUUUUCUGUUUGUCAUGGGGACUUCCGGAAAGAAGACAAGUCUCCAUUUCCAUAAAUUUCAGGACGUAUGUGUGAAGGCUUACUUAGCUCUUCGACAUCACACAAACCUGCUGAUCAUCCUGUUCUCCAUGAUGUUAAUGACUGGAAUGCCCCAGUUAACCAGCAAAGAGGAUAUUGAAUAUAUCCGGGAUGCACUGACAGUAGGGAAAAGCGAAGAAGAUGCCAAAAAGCAUUUUCUUGAUCAGAUAGAGGUUUGCAGAGAUAAGGGCUGGACUGUGCAAUUUAACUGGUUUUUGCAUCUUGUGCUUGGAAUCAAACAAGGAGUAGAGAAGCAUUCUGCUUAA